AGACACGAAUAAAAGACAUUCUUAUAAGAGUUUAUUCUUGCAAGAGGGAACAAAAAAUAAAUUUUUCUCAAUUUCAUACUUCGAAAUAAUAAAGUUCCAAUAAGUCUCGCAAGUGUUAACGUAAUAUAAUAUUCGUAUUUUUCGACACCUUCGUGUCAGUUUCACGUAGAAAAAGUACACGUACAUAGUAGAUGUCCACAAAUUAGUCUUGUGCUCUCUGGAAUUUAUCGGGAUUUCAAGGAAAAAUGGCUAAACAAGGAAGUAAGGAAACCAACAUUAAAAGCCUGUACAAUGAACUAAACAAGUUCGGCCUAAAUAAUGAAUUUGAGAAGGCAAUAAAAACGGCAAAUAAAAUUCUGAACAUUGCCCCGAAUGAAGUGAAAGCGCAACAAUGCAAAGUUAUCUCCUUCAUGCAACUCUCCAAGUUUUCCGAGGCAUUGCAAUUCCUCAACAAGUCCGAAUUGCAGGAGAUGAUCUUCGAGAAGGCCUACUGCGAGUACCGCCUGAAUCAGCCGGAAAAUGCAUUGAAGACCAUUGAUUCCGUGAAGGAGGAAGAACUUCCGCCUAGUCUAAAGGAAUUGAGAGCACAGGUACUGUAUCGAUUGGAAAAGUUCGAGGAAUGCUUUGAUUUGUACAGAGAUCUCGUGAAGAAUACCCACGAUGACUACGAUGAUGAGAGAUUAACCAAUUUAACGGCUGUAACAGCAAACUUAGCCAUUGAGGGAUCCAAGAAGGAGAUUCCGGAAUUCCGUGAGGAUACCUACGAAUUGUGCUACAAUAAAGCUUGCCUAAUUGCCGGAAAGAAGAAGUUCACCGAAGCUGAGAAGAAACUCCGUACAAGUGAGAAACUCUGCCGGGAAUUCUUGGAAGAAGAUGGAGCAACAGAGGAAGAUAUCAAGGAUGAAAUGGCCAUAAUUAAAGUUCAGCUUGCUUACUGCCUGCAAAUGCAGGGAAAAGUAAAGGAAGCAGCUGCAAUUUAUGUGGAUGAGCUGAAGAAUAAGAAAAAUGACACAGCUCUCAUUGCUGUGGCCAGCAACAAUAUGGUGGCCAUCAAUAAGGAUCAAAAUGUCUUUGAUUCUAAGAAGAAGAUGCGAUCUGCAAUGUCUGAGGCGUGCGAGUCCAAAUUAACACUGCGCCAAAAGAAGAAUAUUGCAUUCAAUAAUUGCCUCUUGGCUCUGUACACCAAUCAAGCAGAUCAAUGCAUUAAACAGUGCUCCCAACUUGUUCAGCAAUACCCGGAUUUGCAGUUCCAGAGCAUGCUCAUCCGUGUUAGUCAGCUGAGCCGCGAGAAGAAGUACAAGGAAGCGAUUGAGGUGCUCGAGAAGAGUGAAAUGAAAAAUCAACAUGGGGAUGCUGUAAAGUUUGCCAUUGUGCAGCUGCAACUAAUGAGUGGGAAUCGAAAGGCAGCCGUGGAUGUUCUGUAUUCGCUGGAAGAAGCAAAAUAUCGUCCGGGUGUCGUUUCAGCCCUUGUCUCCCUCCUCUUGGGUACUGAUGACAAACAAGCCGCCUCCCAGGUGCUCAAGAAUGCCGUUGAAUGGUACAAAAAGCACAAGGCACGCGUGGAGGAUCUCUCAGACAUGUGGAGACAAGCAGCGGACUUCCAUCUUCGCGGGGGUGAAGCGGAAACAGCUGCAAGUAGUCUAGAAGAACUCUUGCGUACUAAUCCGUCAGAUAUGAAGAAUCUAGCACAGCUGGUGAUUGCGUAUGCGCAAUUUAAUCCCAAAAAAGCCAAAGAGGCUAGUCGGAAGCUACCUGCAUUAGAAACUCUCACCACUGCCAGUGAGAUUGAUCACCUUGAAGCCACCAAUUGGAUGAUGAGCACCAAGGCUGCCAAGAAAACUGCCCUCAAGUCUGACCAAUCGCCAGGGACUUCUGAGAAUGCUCACAAGCUCAAGAAGAGGAGACAGAGGAAACGAAAGGGAAAACUUCCCAAAAAUUAUGAUUCUAAUGUUGCUCCGGACCCAGAAAGGUGGCUCCCACGGUACGAAAGAUCGACUUACAAGAAGAAACGUGAUCGUCGUGUAAAAGAAGUCAUGAAGGGGUCACAAGGAACAUCAUCAGGGGCUGCUGAUCAAUUCGAUAUGUCGAAUGCUGCUAAUUUGAACAAGAAUUCUCCGAGUCCUGCAGUCCAUCAGGAACCUACUCAUGGACCACGGCAGCAGCAACGGAAGGGGUAUCAGAAGAAGAAGAAGGGACGUCAUUAAAAGGGGGAUUUAUAUACAAUUUAUACAUAUUAAAAGCUUAAUAUGCGACAAUUUUGAAUAAAUAAAAAUUAAAAAUUGGUGCCGGUUAA